CGCGGCGAUUGAAGGGCUGCUGUAUGCCGGUGAGCGGGAGAGCAGCCGCGGCAGCAGGAGGCCGGGCCGCUGCCUCCGCCAUGGAUCCGGUCCGGCUGUUCCGCGGCGCGGUGUGAGGGUGAGUGGUUAAAAAUGGUGCAGAAGUACCAGUCCCCUGUUCGAGUCUACAAAUACCCUUUUGAGCUCGUCAUGGCGGCUUACGAGAAGCGCUUUCCCACGUGCCCAGAGAUCCCUGUCUUCCUGGGCAGUGAGAUCCUUCAGGAAUCCAAGAGCGAUGAUGGAGCUGUUCAUAUCGUCGAACGGAGCUGCAAACUGAAUGUGGACGCUCCACGGCUGCUGAAGAAGAUCGCUGGGGUAGAGUACGUCUUUUUCAUACAGAAAAACACCGUGAACUGGAAGGAGCGAACGCUCCUCAUUGAGGCUCACAACGAGACUUUUGCAAAUCGUGUUGUCGUCCUUGAGACGUGUAGCUACUCGGUUCACCCUGAGAAUGAAGAGUGGACGUGCUUUGAACAGUCUGCAUCUCUUGACAUCAAGUCGUUCUUUGGCUUUGAAAGCACAGUGGAGAAAAUUGCCAUGAAGCAGUACACCUCCAACAUCAAGCGGGGCAAGGAGGUGAUCGAGCAUUACCUGAAGGAGCUGAUCUCCCAGGGCAUCACCUUCAUCCCCCGAUGGACGCCUCCACCAGUGAGCAGCCAGAAGGAAAAGAGGGCCCUGGCUGUGGGACACAAACCUGGUAUUGUGCCAGCGGAGUCCUGCGUGCAUGGAACUAGCAAAGAGCAGCCAGCCUGCCCUGCUGCAGAGACGGCUAGCCCUGACGCUGACAAACUGGACGCUGAUUACAUUGAGCGGUACCUGGGGCAGCUGACUCCAAUGCAGGAAAGCUGCCUGAUCCGACUCCGUCAGUGGCUGCAGGAAAUGCACAAAGGCAAGUCAGAGGCUGGGGAAUGGAAGCCGGAAAAGAUCCCCAAAGAUGAGCACAUCCUUCGAUUCCUGAGGGCUCGUGACUUCAACAUCGACAAGGCUCGCGAGAUGCUCUGCCAGUCGCUGACCUGGCGCAAGCAGUACCAGGUGGAUUACAUCCUGCAGACCUGGAGACCCCCAUCCCUGCUGGAGGAGUACUACACCGGAGGGUGGCAUUAUCAGGAUAAAGAUGGCCGCCCCCUCUACAUCCUUCGCCUCGGUCAGAUGGACACAAAAGGUUUGGUGAAGGCCCUGGGAGAAGAGUCGCUCCUGCGACACGUUUUGUCAGUUAACGAGGAGGGACAAAAGAGGUGUGAGGAAAACACCAACCUGUUUGGCCGUCCCAUCACAUCCUGGACAUGUCUGGUGGAUUUGGAAGGGUUGAACAUGCGUCACCUGUGGCGGCCUGGAGUUAAGGCUCUCCUUCGGAUAAUUGAGGUUGUAGAGGACAAUUACCCUGAGACACUAGGGAGGUUACUGAUCGUGCGAGCACCACGGGUUUUCCCUGUGCUGUGGACUCUGGUUAGUCCUUUCAUCAAUGAAAACACCAGGCAGAAGUUCCUCAUCUACAGCGGCAAUAACUACCAGGGUCCUGGAGGGCUUGUAGACUAUCUGGACAAAGACGUGAUUCCAGAUUUCCUUGGAGGAGAAUGUGUGUGCAAUGUCCCUGAGGGUGGACUCGUCCCCAAGUCACUUUAUCAAACAGAUGAAGAACCGGAGAACUCUGAUCACAUCCGACUAUGGACAGAAACCAUCUACCACUCUGCAAAUGUUCUUAAAGGGGCUCCUCACGAGAUUGUUGUGGAAAUCCUGGAGGGUGAGUCUGUGAUCACGUGGGACUUUGACAUCCUGAAGGGAGACGUGGUGUUCUGCCUCUUUCACUCCAAGCGAGCGCCCGAGACCAGUCGCAAAGAGGCCACUUCAUCAAGUGCUUCGACUGCUGGGGACAACAUGCAGCUAAUCGAUAAGAGCUGGGUUCUGGGGGUGGAUUACAGCCGCAUGGAGUCUCCGCUGGUGUGCCGGGAAGGAGAGAGCAUUCAGGGAUCUCAUGUGACUCGUUGGCCUGGCUUUUAUGUUCUGCAGUGGAAAAUGCACAGCUCUUUGCCCUGCUCUGGCACCAGCCUCCCUCGAGUAGAUGAUGUCCUGGCCUCUUUGCAAGUUUCUAGUCACAAGUGUAAACUCAUGUACUACUUUGAGGUGCUUGCAUCCAAGGAUUUCAGGGGGUCCAUGUCAAGCCUGGAAUCCUGCAAUAGUGGCUUUUCCCAGCUCAGUGCAGCCACGACAUCUUCCAACCAAUCCCAGAGCAGCUCCCUCAUUUCUAGAUAGUGUGGUGUAGGCCUCUACUGACCUCUGAAAUGUUACAUCCGCGCUCUGAGGCCUCCUUCCAGGGCAGCUCUGUGGACCAACCCAAAGAGGCUGCAGUGUGGCUCAGCAUCAAGGCUUUGGGGGCAGUCAUUCACAAGACCACGAAUAGCAGCAGUCUGGGGAACUCUUUGAAAUCUAUUUUCAGUAAGAGAUGUGUGACUCUUCAAUCUGCAAACUGGAUUCCGUUGAGAGGCCUACUUACCAGUUGUGUUUUAACAGACCUGUGUUUUAGGGUGAAUAUCACUUUGCAUGACUCUGUGUAUUACUAAGGUUAAAGGGCUCUUUCCAAUCAGUCCUAUUUCUACAUACGAUAGAGGAGACGGAUGUGGCCUUAUCUGUAAUGACCCGUAGAACUAGAUUUAUUCACAUGUAGCAAAAUUAGUCUAGUUUUUCUGGGCACCUGCAAUACCAAUGACACUCAAGGUACAGUGGGUGUUUCAGCAGCAGGGACUUGAAGCAAAUUGUAAAUAAAUACCUUAAUACAGGUCAGUAUGUUUUGAGGGGGGCGGAGGGGAAAGGGGAGAAACUUCCAAGGUAACCCAAACCUGAAACCUCUCCCAAUCCGAUUGGAUGUUGCUUGGAAAUACUUUCAGUUUUUUUAGUUAAAAAACAAAAACAAAAAAAGACAGUAUUUCAUACAGUGCGUAGGCAGAAAGCCUAUCUCCAGCAAGCAAGUCCUUUCUUAAAGACACCCACUUGUCUUUAUUUCCUCCUCAGGUUUAUGAGCAAUAAAUGAGUGUCUCUCUGACCCACCCCAUCAGACUGGGUGGGAAUCGAAUCACAUUAUAAAGGGCUAAGAAAAGCAAUAUGUUCUUUCCUUAAAGGCACAAGGUUUUAUGGCAGCAUUAUAGGAGCUGCUCCUUUAAAAACGGGCUAACAUGGAGAGGAGAGAACUCUCUCUCUCUCUCUCUCUCUUUUUUCUAAAGUACGUGUGAAUGAGUAUUUAAACUCUUAAUGAAACAUAUUUAUUCAAAUUGUAUCAUAGCUUAUUUUAAAUUAUUGUUUAAUGUAUUGAUCAUUUCAAUGAUAACUAUUUAUUUAUUGAACCAUAUCAUCUUUUUUUAACCAACUGAACUGUUUUGUUUUAAAAGGGAACGCCGGAUCAUCUUGAAUCCCACAGACCUUUAGAUUUCAUUUCUAGUCUCUGUGGCAGCUGGGCAUCUUAGCGUUCAGGGCUGUAGCACUCAGGGCAGUGUGUCAUCUCUUCUCCCAAAGCUCAUGGGAGUGGUCCCACUGACUUCAAUGUUACUCGCGUGAGUAAGGGUUUGCAAGAGCAGGGACCGAGCUUGUGGAUGUUAUUGGCGGGGAGGGAGAGGCGAUGCAUUAAGAGCUGUUGGAGAUAUGUUCAUGUACAAUCUCUGCUGAUUACGUCAGUGAUGGACAUAUUGCAAAAGGAGUAAGAACCCAUUUAAAAGAGUUUACAUGGCAGAAAAGAGGUAGCCGGUAUUCUUUCCUCAAGUACUAGGAAGUUAAAAAACAGGUGGUCAAUACUGAGCUGCUUCUCGGCAGUAUUUAUAACUAACAGACACCCAAGAGGUAUUCCUCAAUAAGGAGUCUAUUUUCUCUGCCCCACCCAUCCUUAACCGUUCUCACUACCUUCAUUUGCUUGUUUCUAAGCACAGGGCAUUGCCAGAACGGGGGGGAACUAAUCGAUAACUGGCGCAAUGUACAUAAGGAAAAUAGUGUAUAAAUACGUAGGCUGGAUUUUCAAAGGGAGUUAGGCAUCUAGCUCACAUUGACUUUUAGUGGCAGUUUCGGAAGACAACAAAUUGAGGCCCCUUUGAAAAUCGCAGCUAUCACUCGUAGCAUGGAAAAGGAAAGCUCCAGUGAUCAGUGCGAACACCUAUGUAGUAAAAUCCUUACUAAACAAACAUCAGGGACUCUUCCAGGCAUUUGUUAGUGCUUCGUUAUCUCCAUCAAGUGAACGAGGCUUUUGCCUUUCUCAGGUAGGGGCUCCCAUUUUAAUGAUACCUCUCAACCAAACCUUUGCAAUCCCAGUUUAAUACAAAGAGGGAGUGGAAAAUAGGCUUCACCAUGAGAGAGCCCUGGAAAUCAAAGUGGGUGAGAACGAGUGUAUUUGUACCCACACACACAAAGUUGCUUUAACCACAACUGACUCGUUUUCUAAAAACAAUCUCAAUUUACUGUAAACUUUUAAACUGUUUUGAUUUCCAGCACUUUCCAACAGCAAAGCCCAAGUCCUAUUCUGUGUCGUAUUUCAAGAUGGCUGCUUGUUUCUUAGUUUGACAGUUAUGUUUUUUCAUAUUUACUCUGUCCCUGUGAGAAUAGUUCUCCUUCACCCAGUAAAAAGGACUGAAGGUGGAAUUCUCAGCUUAAAAUUUGUUACGCGCGUGCACAUUCUGAACUGAGAUGGGGAACAAGAGCCUUAAGUGGAAGGGGUAUGGGCCACGGGGAGGGCUCACUCCUGCUCUCUUUCUAGGACUUCUUACAAUGGCCAGUGUUCUUUCCCAAACAUCAGUCUCCCAUGCACUGAGUACCAUGUGUGAGGCUGCACUGUAAUUCCAGAUGUGGGACAAAGUAAAACUCCUCUGAAAUUUGACUUUUUUUCUAAGCUACACUAGCUCAUAUCGGAAAAUUAGGCAUAAUGCUCAUUUCUUCAGAGCAUGCGCUAGUGACUGGAGCACAAGGUGACUGGUGUCCUGGGUUCUAUUCACAGCUCCUUGUGAUGCAGAGCAAAUUCUUUAGGGUAGAAAAGACUGAGCUCCUGAGCGGCAAGUGGCUCUUUAACAUGGCUCCUGUGGCUCUUUGCAGCACAGAUACUAAAAUACCAUGUGAUUUAAUUGUGAACCAGUCAGGAGGCUUUUACUAUGUUAACCAAUUACAGUAGAUAAAAUAAUAAUACUUGGGUCAGUCAUUUGGGGGGGUUAUAAAUACAUACACUAAAAUUUCCCCUGCCAUACUGUUUAAAGAUGAAUAUAUAUCACUCUAGUAAAUGAAACAAUGAAUUCACACUCUGGUGGCUCUCUUGGGUAAUGUGGAUCAUUAAUUUGGCUCCUGAACCACUGAGGUCCGAGGAUCACUGGGCGAGGACUUUCCAAAGUCCCAUGAUAGACCCACGUAAUUGUUAGAAGUGCUGAGCACCUGUCACUCCAGUUGAAGUCAAUGGAGCUCUGGCUGUGCCAAACCUCUGGAAAAUCUGGCCCAGCUGUCUAAGUGGGCACCCAGAAUUAAAUCACUUCUGUAAAUUUGGGCUUUAAUCUUUGUUUGUUACUCCAUCUGUAAAAUGCACAGGCUCAUUGCAAGGUUGACAUCUGUAAAGGAUUCUGAGAGGAAAGACAAAGUGUUACGUGACCAUCUAUAUAGUUUAAAAAUCACAUGGCCCUAUUUACACCUUGACUUGUGUGUGUGUCUGCAAAUAUACCCCAACUUGCUGUGUACCAGAUUGCGUAUAUGGGGGCAAAACAACAGAUGUAGAAAAUGUGAUUUCUAUUGAACUCUGGAUGCCAGACUAGAUUUCUAUUGUCAUGCAGGGCAAAAGCCAGAAUGUUCCAGCUGAGUUCAGGGCUUGUGGUUAAAUAUUUAAAUUGUGUUUAUUUUAAAAGGGCUUUUUUUUUAAAUUGUCCUGCAUGGACCACAACCUUAGCUUUACAGAAGCGCUGAGAGGGAGUCCAAGUGGCCUUGACCUGACUGAAGCGGCAAGGCUAGAUUUCUUCCCAGCAGCUCCUGUACUAGGAGAACCAAAAUGAGUUUUCUAGAGCACAAAAAUCAUACUAAUAAAGCACUGUUAUAUUUUUUCUCUGUUAGGGAUAGCCCAUAAAUUCCCUUUGAUAGGGAUCCCUUUCUCUAUAUUGUUUUCCUAUUGUGGAAAGCAUGUGGAAACAAUCUUCUAUGGGAUGAUUUAGCUAGUGAAAUUCUGAUUCAGUGUCAGAGGAUUAGGAUACUAUUUCAUACACAGUUUCAAUAGUCUGUUUUGCAUUUACAAUCCCAGAGCCCAGGGUUGGACUUCAGUGGCACGUUGCUUCUUAAAAGGUGGCAGUUGUGCUCCCCUUGCCUACAGCCUUGCAAACAAGUAAGACUGAUGCCCUACUCCAAAGGUCAUUUUAAUUGGUCAAUUUUAAAAACUCGUGGGUGGGAAAUGGGUCAGAAUUUGCAGAUUCUACCUACUGAACUUGGGUGCUAAGCUGUCAUGUGUUUAACAUAUCUUGUAAGGCCAGUUGCAUCAGCAAAGCCAGUAACCUUCUUUUGAAAUGCAUUUCACUUCCUCACCCUCCUCCACAAUUGUACUAUGAGCUAUUAAAUGCAAAAAAAGAUGAGACCCUUCUUUCCAGGUUAAGGCUGAAAGACUAGUUGAAGGACAUUUGUCAGAGCCUCCUGCCUGGUGUUGGUUUCCUAUUCUCCCAGCACAGACUUGAGAAAAUUCUUCUAACAAUCCAUAAAGGAUGUGCAUUGUCAGCAUUGACCAUGAAUCAGUUUUAAUGGCACUGUAACACUUCCACGCUAUCUGUAUAUAAAGACGAAAUGGGCAUUAUUUUUUUAGGUAAAUAUACUAUUUUCCCCACUCAAACUGCUCCUGUCUUAACUUUUUUACAAGGGUCUUGUCAGCAAAAAAACCCAACUUGUUCUGAGAAUUCAGAGCAUGCUACCGGACUACACAGGGUGCUUUGUGACAUGUUACUGAGCAACAAAUGUGAAGCUAAAGAUGCAGUUACUUAUGGCAAAUGGAAGUUGAAGUUACCAGCUGUAAUUUUCUGCUCUCCAUAUUUCUGUAACUUAAGACUAAAAUGAAUGAACCAAUAAAUGUUUUUUUUGAGAUGACU